AGGACUCCUUCCUUCUUCAGCUUGACGGCAUCCCUUACCGCCGGUGUCCACCAGCAGAUUCGGGGAUUGCCGCCACGACAGGCACCAAUGACCUUACGGCCACAGCUCCGGUCAGCCGCCUCAACAAUGGAGGCGCGGAACAAGGUCCACUCGGACUCAAUGUCCCCCGCCUCCCCUGGGACGUGGGAAAAGCUCUGCCGGAGGUGGGAGUUGAAGCUCUUCCUGACAGGGUAUUCCGCCAGACGUUCCCAGUAGACCCUCACAGAGCGUUUGGGUCUGCCAGGUCGGACCGGCAUCUUCCCCCACCAUCGAAGCCAACCCACCACCAGGUGGUGAUCAGUUGACAGCUCCGCCUCUCUCUUCGCCCGAGUGUCCAAAACAUGCGACCGCAAAUCCGAUGACACGACUACAAAGUCGAUCAUCCAACUGCGGCCUAGGGUGUCCUGGUGCCAAGUGCACACAUGCACACCCUUAUGUUUGAACAUGGUGUUCAUUAUAGAAAAUCCGUGUCGAGCACAGAAGUCCAAUAAUAGAACACCGCUCGGGUUCAGACCGGGGGGGCCGUUCCUCCCAAUCACGCCCUUCCAGGUCUCACUGUUAUUGCCCACGUGAGUAUUGAAGUCACCCAGUAGAAUGAUAGAGUCCCCAGAAGGAGAGCUCACCAGCACUUCCUCCAGGGACUCCAAGAAGGGUGGGUACUGUGAGCUGCCGUUUGGUGCAUAGACACAAACAACAGUCAGGACCCGUCCGCCCACCCGAAGGCGGAGGGAGGCUACCCUCUCGUUCACCGGGGUGAACCCCAAUGUGCAGGCGCCCAGCCGGGGGGCAAUAAGUAUACCCACACCUGCUCGACGCCUCUCACCGUAAGCAACUCCAGAGUGGAAGAGAGUCCAACCCCUCUCGAGAGGGCUUGUACCGGAACCCAAACUGCGCGUGGAGGUAAGGCGGAAGUGGCUCACAGCAGGAUGGGGGACAUGCAAGCGGCCGCCAAGAUUUUGGAAUGCGAGGAGCUGGCCAUAGUUUGCAGCAUAAAUCAUACUUCGCAGUCAGACGUAGUAGAGGAGUCAUCACCAGCGACCGAGACUGGCAUAAAGAAGCCGCAAAAUAGUCAACUGCCUCCGGAGAGCUCUGAGUGCCUUUCUAAAAGAUCCAAAAGGAAGAGCACCAGACUCAAAUGGUGCAUCCCGAUUGAAGAUGAGGCAUUUAAUGCUGAAAAGGACAAUGACAACACCACAUAUGCAUCCUCACCUCACUUUGAUAAGGACACGCAGAGUCGAAACGACACAGAGGAAACAGUGCUGGUGUCCGGAGGCAAGGACGAUGAUGAGAGUGGCAUGGUGUCCAAGAGAACAUCCAAGAGGAAGUUCGUGUGCAGUGACUGUCAGCGGAGCUUCCUCUACGAGCGGAGCUACCGGAAGCACGUGAGCACCUGCCACGGAGUGAACGCCGAGCUGGCCUAUCGCUGCGAGACCUGCAUGAAGACCUUCUCCAACCGCAAAAACUUGAAGAUCCACGAGAAGCACGUUCACAGCAGCGAACGGCUCUUCACCUGCGAUGUCUGCGCCAAGACCUUCAAGCGCAAGAAGGACGUGGUCCGCCACCAAAAACAGGUGCAUAAUCCACCUAUGCACCAGUGCUCUGAAUGUGGCAAGAGGUUGAGCUCCAAAGCAUCGCUCAUGUUGCACAAGCGGACGCAUAGCGGCAGCAAGGCCUUUAUCUGCACUGAGUGCGGUUCCCGCUUCACCCAGAAGUCGGCUCUCAACAUGCACCACAGCACCUGCCAGGCACUCAAAGGUGAGCUGGUCCAUCAAUGCGAGACCUGCAUGAAGACCUUCUCCAACCGCAAAAAUUUGAAGAUCCACGAGAAGCACGUUCACAGCAGCGAACGGCUCUCCACCUGCGAUGUCUGCGGCAAGACCUUCAAGCGCAAGAGGGAUGUGACCCGCCACCAAAAACUGGUGCAUGACGGUCCACAUAUGCAGCAGUGUUCUGAAUGUGGCAAGUGGUUGAGGUCCAAAGCAUCGCUCAUGUUGCACAUGCGGAUACAUAACGGCAUCAAGAACUAUGUUUGCAUUAAGUGCGGUUCCCGCUUCAUCCAGAAGUCGGCUCUCAAAGAGCACGAAAGGACCCACACGGAUGAGAAGCCCUUCGCCUGCAACCUCUGUCACGCCCGCUUCAAACAGAGAAAAUCACUGGCCUAUCACAAACGCUCCCACAUGGGUGAGAAGCCUUAUAAGUGCGAGACCUGCGGGAAGGGCUUCUCAGCCAAGGAGUACCUGCGCCACCACGCCAACGUCCACACGGGCGCCAAGCCGUUCAAGUGCAAGUACUGCGGCCACAGCUUCGGUCAGAGGAACUCGCUACGGCAGCAUUUGAUGGUGCACACAGGUGAACGUCCUUACGCCUGCAAUGACUGCGAUAAGCAUUUUACCCAGCUCAACGCCCUUCAGCGGCACCAGCGUAUCCAUACCGGCGAAAAGCCCUACAUGUGUGGGUUGUGCAACCGCACUUUCACCGACACGUCUACUCUUCGCCGUCACACCAAGAUUCAUGAUGCCAAUGCUCCGUGGAGGAACUACCUCGUCGUCUUGAAGGGUAAUGUGGAGAAGGAACCCAAAGCUCAAGACAACCUCGAGGCUCAGGUGGUAACGACAGAUGGUAACGACUUCAUCACUUUGGACAGACCUUCUUACAUGCCCAUGGAGGAAAUCUCCUCCGAUACCCCCAGCAUGUCAUCCCUGAUGGAAGAAGUCGCCUCGCAAACCAUUCUGGCUCCCCAAGAGCAGGCGGCGCAACCGAACAUUCCGACCGUGGUCGUGUCUGAAAAGAUGUUUAAAAAAGUAUAAAUGUGGCAAAGGACACUGGAGAAUAAAGCAAAUGACAACCAAGCAAAUCCCUCUAAAAAUUUAAAUAAAAUGUAAAAUAAACAUCCCAUUUAAUCAUCGCUGUAAUAAUUACAAUUUGUGGUUAUUUUAGCUUUUGUGUAGAAAUUGUGGCUAACAGCCAGCAUAAAAACAAGUUGCAGAAUCUACUCAAUGACUUUGUCAUGAAUACUAUGAACAUUUCUUUUACAGUCACCCAGAAAGUACUGUUUUAAUGUUUUGUUUCUCAUUUUUUUAGCGGUGUAUCACAAGUAGCCACAAGGUGGCGCAGAUUCCCCGCCGGAACGCUGAAGCGUUUCAGAGGAUUUGCGCCACUUUGUGGCUACACAAAGUCUUGCUGAUUCCCAUGUGUGAAUUGAGAACUAAACGUAAAAUACGAAUACAAACAUAUCAACACAGCAAAUAUACUGCUUAAAUAAAUAUGUCAAGAAAGAG